CGUUGAUCACGUGAUAUGAGCGGAAACGGACUCAGGUCGUCGCUGAAUCUCCCGCGGACGCAGCCAUUUACUCUUUUCCGCUUCGUUUCAACGCCGGGAGAACAUAAAAAACCCACGACACAUUCCACAAUGGCAGAGGGAGAACCGCAGGUCCAGUUCAAGCUUGUGUUGGUUGGCGAUGGAGGAACGGGAAAGACCACUUUCGUCAAAAGGCAUUUGACGGGAGAGUUUGAGAAGAAAUAUGUUGCCACGCUGGGAGUGGAGGUGCACCCGCUGGUAUUCCACACCAACAGGGGGGCCAUCAAAUAUAAUGUGUGGGACACAGCCGGGCAGGAGAAGUUUGGAGGGCUCCGAGAUGGCUACUACAUCCAAGCCCAGUGCGCAAUCAUCAUGUUUGACGUCACGUCCCGAGUCACCUACAAGAACGUACCCAACUGGCAUCGUGAUCUGGUGCGAGUCUGUGAGAACAUUCCCAUAGUCCUCUGCGGCAACAAGGUAGACAUCAAAGACAGGAAAGUCAAAGCCAAGAGCAUCGUAUUCCAUCGCAAGAAGAACCUCCAGUACUACGACAUCUCUGCCAAGAGUAAUUACAACUUUGAGAAGCCCUUCCUGUGGCUAGCACGGAAGCUGAUUGGAGACCCAAACCUGGAGUUCGUGGCCAUGCCCGCUCUCGCCCCACCAGAGAUCCUCAUGGACCCCUCCCUCGCAGCGCAGUAUGAGCAUGACCUCAAAGUUGCAUCAGAAACAGCGCUCCCAGAUGAAGAUGAUGACCUUUAACCUGUUAUGUAUGUAUGUAUGACCCCCUCCCCCCCUGUGUGUCAGGAAGUUGUUGGAGUUUGGCCCCUUUAAAUGUAAAAUCCCGUUGCAGAUUUAUUUUUAUUUUGGAACUUUUUUCCGUUUCUGUUUUAAAACAGAUAAAAAUACAAACUUGGUAAAGUCGUGUGGUUCUCUAGUUUCAUUGUAAGACACCCGCCCUAGUGUUGGCAUGGUAAUGUGCAACUCACCAUCAUCAAGCACCACCCUCUGCCCUUACCCGGCACACGCUGGGCUAAGGCAGACUGACCGGAAGCACUUGGGGGAAUUAACUUUGAAUAAAAACAUUCUCAAUACAA